ACUCUUGUGCUUUCGAUGGAGAAAUAAUCCCGAACAAGAAGGAAUGGCAGCUGAGCCCGUGUGCCAAAUGCAUCUGUCGGGAUGGCUCUCUGCAGUGUUCCACCGUCUUUUGUCCACCUGCAUUCUGUAAUGCGGAUCAAAGUCUCGUCGUACCAGCUGGAAAAUGUUGUCCGGAGUGUGCUCCAAAACCCUGCUUUGCAUUUGGGACAUUAUACCAGCCUGGGGACGAGUGGAAGAAAGAUGCUUGCACAACCUGCGUAUGUGACGGAGGAGAAUCCAGGUGCUUUACGAAGAGCUGCCUCCCACUGAAUUGUCCAAAGGACGAAGACAAAGCGCGGCGCCCAGGGAAAUGUUGUGAAGAGUGUGUCCUUUCCAAGGGCAGCUGUGUGCACAACGGCACCCUCAGAUACCACCAGGACAUGUGGCACGAUAUGGACUGUAACUUCUGUAGCUGUGAUGGAGGCCGGGUUGCUUGUCGGAAAGUCAAGUGUGCCAAAGUGGACUGUGGCCAGGGUGAAGAAUUAUUUCAUUUACCAGGCAAGUGCUGCCCUGAAUGCAUUUCAAGAGGGGCCCCCUGUGUUUACAAAGAAUCUACCAAAGACAGUGGUGAAAAAUGGAAGGAAGGCCUGUGCCGUGAAUGUGAAUGUUUGGACUCCAAAGUAAACUGCUAUUCUCAGUCUUGUCCGACGUGUCCCACAGGAACUGUGGCUAUUGCUGUGCACGGAGAGUGUUGCCCUCAAUGCAAGCCAGGUGCCUGCCAUCCCGAUUGCUUGACCUGCACCCGGGCGUUUGAUCGUUGCGAUGCCUGCCGAGAGUCCACCAAGUUUCUCCUGAACGGGCGUUGCGUUGAUAGCUGUGGGGUUGGCUUCUAUCCGGAUGGGGACCUUUGCCUGGCUUGUAAAGAGAUGUGCUCAACUUGUACUAAUAAAUUUGGAUGUACUUCCUGCCAAGCUUCGCUGCAUUUGAAGGAUGCUCAGUGCGUGACGUCAUGUGGGGAAGGGUUUUUCCCGGGACCUCUCCAGUGCACAGCUUGUCACGAAUCCUGUGCAACGUGCCGAGGUCCAACGGCAAACAACUGUUCCACCUGCCGAGACCCGUCUCUCGUGUUCCUGGAAGGCAGAUGCAUGGCUAAUUGCGGGCAGCGGUUCUACGUUACGGAGGGAGUUUGCAGAGCUUGCUCUGAAGGUUGUGACAGGUGUUACGUGGACCAGCUGAGAUGCUUGUCCUGUGCUUCAGGCCGAGUUCUGCUGGAUGGCAACUGCCUGUCAGAAUGUCCCCCUGGCUAUUACGCGGAUGGUUCCCACAAAUGCAGAGUUUGCCACGGUUCGUGCACCAGCUGUACAGGACCUUUGCCCACUCAGUGUGCCUCCUGCUCCUUCCCCCAGGCCUUCUACCAAGGCCGCUGUCUCCUCGCUUGCGGAGAGGGAUUUUAUCAGCACCACAAUCUCUGUAAAGGUUGCCAUUCAUCCUGCAGGUCGUGUGUGGGCCCAGAACAUUCACACUGUACGCAGUGCAUGAACCCAGAGGAGAAGCUUCAACCAUACCUGAGCCUUGAGGAAAGGCCCGUUGGCACCUGCUUGCCUCAAUGCAGAGCCCAGUUCUACAGUAACGAAGACAGGAUUUGCAAAGUGUGCCACUCUUCCUGCUUUUCUUGCACUGGAGGUUCUCCCGAGAACUGCACCGCUUGCACGUCCCCUCAAGUCUUUCAUGAAGGCCAGUGCAGCCCUGAGUGUCCAGAGGGAUGGUUUCCUCAAGAAAGCCGUUGCUAUGCCUGCCAUCCUUCUUGCAAGUCAUGCAGCGGAGCUGAGGAUGAUGAAUGCACCGCUUGUCACCCCCACGUCUCUUUCCUCAGUGGAAGAUGCAGAACGGCCUGCAAGAGAGAGCAAUACCUCAAUCUGGUAGGAUAUUGUGCGGGUUGCCAUCCUCUCUGUGAGUUGUGUGUGGCAGAUCUCCACACAGACCAAGGAAGCACCUGUCUCAGGUGCCGCAAUGGCCAUCACCUGCUUCUGAAGGACCACUGCGUGACAGACUGCCCCGCGGGAUUUUACCAACUGGGAGGAGCGUGCCAGAAGUGUCAUCCUUCCUGUAAAACCUGUACAGGAGAAGGCCCAUUUUCCUGCACUUCCUGUGACCCCAGCCUCGUCCUUUCUCACACUGGCUUGUGCCUCUCGGCCUGUUCUCUGGGAUUCUAUCAGGAUGAGAACCUCCACUGCAAACCUUGCAGUGAUUCGUGUCUGAGUUGUGAUUCGAGAUCCCACUGUACUUCUUGCAAAGACCCAUCCAAAGUCUUACUGUUUGGAGAGUGCCAGUAUGAUAAAUGUCCAUCGCAAUAUUUCCUUGACUUGUCUACCAGGACAUGCAAAGAGUGCGACUGGAGCUGCAACGCUUGCCACGGCCCCAACCGUACGGAUUGCCUGCAGUGCAUGGAGGGAUAUUUUCUCCAGCAGGGAGCCUGCGUUGAGCAUUGUCUGCCGGCAUUUUACAGGGAAUCUGAAACAUGUCAAAGAUGCGACGAUGACCACUGUCUCCAGUGUGAUGGGCCGGGGAAAUGCGUGCGCUGCCUGGCUCCCUUCUUGCUCCUGGAAUCCCAGUGCGUCUUGUCAUGUGGAAAGCGGUACUACGGAGACCAUGGAGGGCAGAUAUGCCUAGCUUGCCCCGAGGGAUGCUUGGAGUGUGACGAUUCCACCAGGUGCCGAGUUUGUAAUUCCACUACAUUUCUUCAGAAAGGCCUUUGUGUGGCUGACUGCGGGCGCGGCAUCUACAAAGACCCCCGAAAUCGGCAGUGCAAAUCUUCUGGGCCUGCUCCUGGGUUCAAGGCCAAGAGCCUCCUCUUGGUAGGAAUUGGUGGGCUGAAACUACUAGAUGGUUCCUUGCUGGAAGUAGAAAACCUAGAGAGCUAUGGAGAAGGCCUCCUCUUUCGCACGGCGGCCCUUCCCACCAACGGCAGGCUGGUAGUCCUGGCUGAAGGGAAAGAAAAAGAACAGGACUAUUUCACCUGGGAAGACGCGAAGGAACAGCGCGUUUUCUUCGUCCACGACAAAAUGAAAUCCAGGGAUGGCUUGUUUUUCCUGACGCUCAGCUAUCAAGAGUCCACAUCGGAGCCAGUAAUGUUCACCGUUCGAGCUUUUUCAACCCAGCCUCCUUAUGUCCUCAAGAAUGAAGUCCUCUCCAUUAGCCAAGGAGAUGCUGGAACCAUUACCAAGCACUUGCUUGAUGUGCAGGAUAGAGAUAAUCCUCAAGACGUGAUGGUGACCAUUUUAGAUCCUCCAAAACAUGGACAAUUGGUCAAGCUUUCAGAAAAUGGCCCUUUGACCCUGCAUGCGUUCAGCCUUGGUGAACUUUCAGGAGGAUUCGUGCGUUAUAUUCAUGAUGGGUCUAACAGGAUGGAAGACACGGCGGUUCUGCAAGUCAGCGAUGGGUACCACUUUCAGAACAUACUCUUCCGCAUCAAGAUUGAUCUAAAGUACGUGGAUGUUGAUAGUGUCUUUGUGUCUUUUGAUAGCCAAUUUGUCAGAAGCAGUGGCAUUCCCCGCCUGGUUAUCAGCUCUACCGUCUGGGUCCCAGAAGGAGGCAUGUUGCAAAUCACUCCCCAAAAUCUGCAAGCCGAGAUGUUCGGGGCCAGUGAUUCUGCGAUCGUCUAUACAAUUAGGGACAAGCCACAGUAUGGUGAAGUGGUAUUUCUAGUUCCCAUGCCGGCCGAUGAUUCUGGAUUAGGAUGGCAGCCUUUGGCCAGUGGUGGUAGAGCUACCCCAACAACCACCUUCACCCAACAGGACAUCAAUGAAGGUGUCAUUUGGUACAGGCACUCUGGAGCCGAGACAGAGAGUGACUCAUUCCGCUUCCAGGUCUCUGGUGCAGGUUUUCCACAGACUCAUCUUGAGACCCACCUGUUCAACAUUGCCAUCUUACCACCUCACCGGGCGUCACCUGUGUCCUCCUCCAGAUCUUCUUUUCACAUGACAGCACUAGAAGAUCGUGUGACACCUAUUCAACCCCAUCAACUGUCUUUUGUCAACUCGCAAACUCAAAGUGAAGAAAUCACGUACAACGUGACUGUACCCUUGCCUCCAAAUCAAGGCAUAGUAGAGCACAGAGACAAACCAUUCAUCCCGGUAACUACUUUUACCCAAACGGACAUCAACAAUGGCAAAAUUGUCUAUCGUCCACCUAGUGCUGGACCGCAUAUUAGAGAGCUGAUGGAAUUCUCCUUUGCUGGUCUUCCAGAAUCGAUUAACUUUCGUUUUACAGUGUCGGAUGGAGAACAUGUAAGUCCCGAGAUGGCAUUUACCAUCCACUUGCUUUCCGCUGAGGUAGAGCCUCCGUUGUUCCAGAUUACUGCACCGGUGCUCGAGGUCAGCCAAGGAGGCAGAGCUGCCAUUGGAAUAAAGUUGGCGCUGAGUGACGGGCAUAUUGCAGCUGAGGACCUCUUCUUUGAAGUGGUAGAACCCCCUCACCAUGGAGCUCUUCUCAGACACGGUUCCGGAUUCCCAGUCUACAUGGCAACAGACAAAGGGGAACCUUGCCUGUGGCUAUGCCAGGAAGCCAACCGCCUGGUUCUGACUUUCUGGCAGGAUGACAAUUCCCCAGAUUCUGAGAUAAGGAUUCAGCUCAUUUCUCUUCCGAUGUACGGCAGUCUUAUGCGGACAGCCUUUGGAGGGCAAUCGGAUGAGUCUUCGGAGGUCUAUAAUUUCACAAUGGAAGACAUUAACCAGCAAAGAAUCAGAUACUUCACCGAGCUCGAAGCUGUGCUCAAUCAGCCAAUCACAGAUGUCUUCUACUUCUCUGUGUUCGACGCUGACAACAACCAACUUGACAGCCAGAUGUUCACCGUUACUGUCACAGCAGCCCAAAGUGUGCCUCCGGCUAUUACCUUUUCGGACCGAAUUACGGUAGAAGAAGGGGGACGAACACCACUGCAGCCUCACCAUACCCUUGGCCUGGAAGGUGGCCUUGCUGAAGAAGGCCUGCUUGUAAAAAUCACAAGUCUUCCAAAAUACGGGUACAUUGAAAACACCUGGACAGGCAGACGCCUUGGUUUUGGAAAAUCCGAAAGUUCUGAUUUUUCUUUCUCACUUCAAGAUGUGUUGGAGAACCGUAUUUAUUAUUUUCAGAAUGUCCAUGAAAGUAUUGAACCAUCGAUGGACAGCUUUAGUUUUUAUAUCAGUGACGGCUUCAGCCAGUCAGAAAUCAGCAGUGUCAACAUUACGAUUAAGCGCCUGAAUGAUGAACCGCCUGAGGUAAAGGUGAGCCCUGUCAGCGUGCGUGAAAACACAGGAGUGGUGAUUAGGAAUUCCUCCUUGAGGCUAAGGGACUUGGACACUUCGAAUGACCUUCUGGUUUUCACGAUAACCAAGGCACCCGUUCAUGGAUACCUGUACAGAAGAGAAUCUCUGCAUUCUCUGGAAAAUGGACAAGCUCUCGCUGAGGGAUCCACUUUCACCUUCCAGGAUGUCCUGGAGGAACUGAUCGUUUAUAAAUUGAACAGUUUGGUAGCCCAGAGUGACGAGUUCCAAUUUUCACUCUCAGACGGCCUCCACAUUGAGACAGGGAAAGUGGAGUUUGUGGUAGCCUCACCAAGGAUGGACCUUCCCAGAUUGGUCACGAACAAAGGCCUACAACUUCCCGCUGGGUCUGUGGCAGUCAUCACAAACCAGCAUUUAAGAGCCACAGAUCCUGAUUCAGAUGACCUGUCUAUCAGAUACAUCAUGAAGAAGGACCCAACCUAUGGAUCGUUGCACUUGCAUAAAAGAGAUUCUUUGACGCAGAUCUCUGCUGGGGGACCAGCCAAAAGCUUCACCCAGGCAGAUAUAAACAAAGGACAAGUCGAAUACAGCCAUGAGAAAGGAGAACCAAUUGGGGCAUUUUUUUUUGUUUUUGAUGUGACUGAUGGAAAGGGAAACAGAAUGGCAGACUUGGAAUUUUCAGUUAACGUAACAGGGGAUCGAUUAUCUCUGUCCGUCACUGUCAACACUGGGAUAACCUUGGAUGAAAACUCAGUGAAAAAAAUCACCACUUUGGAGCUGUCAGCCAAGAAGCAGGGUGGAGAAUCCGGUGAUCUCCUCUACAGGAUUAUUAAGCAGCCUCGGCUGGGACAUUUGGAGCACACGGCAUGGCCAGGCAGAAGGAUUAGUUCCUUCCAACAAGGAGACCUUCUCUCCCACAGCCUCCACUACAUCCAUACAAGCGAGGCUGAAGAACAUGCUGACACGUUCACGUUCACCGUUUCAGAUGGCCAUGAGGAGGUGACCCAGAAUUUUGACAUCACCAUUAACCCGGUUGAUGAUUCUUUGCCGGUGGUGCGGAUGGUGGGCACGACUGUGCAGGAAGGCGUGAGGAAAACUAUCACGGAAUUUGAUCUCAAAGCCACCGACACGGACACAGAGGCCAAGUCUGUCACCUUUAACAUUGUGCAGCCCCCACGCCACGGCCAGCUGGAGCGCACCAGUGACGGCCAUCAUUACCAACAGGCCCAUGCCUUCUCCAUGGAGGACAUCUUCCAGAACCGAAUCAGUUACAGUCAUGACGGAAGCAAUUUUUUAGAAGACCGUUUCACUUUCACGGUGUCCGAUGGAACCAAUCCCCUUUUUGUGGUGGCAAAGGAAGGGAAAGAGAUUGUGACUGCUGUGCCCCAGUGGUUUAGAAUUGAAAUUCUCCCCGUGGAUGAUGGAACUCCAAGAGUUGUCACUAAUUUAGGUCUUCAGUGGCUGGAAUAUAUGAAUGGCAAGCCAAAAAACCUCAUCACUAAGAAGGAACUGUUGACUAUGGACCCUGAUACAGAAGACAACCAUCUGAUCUAUGAAAUAACAACAGGGCCCAAAUACGGUUACGUGGAGAAGAAAUUGCAGCCAAGAACGAUGGUGACUACCUUUACACAAGAGGACGUGAAUUUGGGAUUGAUCCAGUAUGUGCUACAUGAAGAGAAUGUUCAAAGGACAGAAGAUAGUUUUCAGUUCCUGGUGAAGGACAGCAAACCCAGCAUUGUCGCUGAUAAUAUCUUCCAUAUUCAGUGGUCUGUUAUCAGCUUUCAACAUACGAGCUACAACAUCAGUGAAAAGGCCGGUUCCAUCAGCGUGGCUGUGAAGAGGACAGGAAACCUCAAGCAAUAUGCUAUUGUCCUGUGCCGUACAGAACAAGGAACGGCCACCUCUGGUUCAAGUUCUCAACCAGGGGAACAGGAUUACCUUGAAUAUGCUAGCCAGGUGCAGUUUGAUGAAUGGGAAGACUUCAAAACUUGCACCAUUGUUAUCCACGAUGACGGCAUCUUUGAGGGUAUAGAAAGCUUCUCCGUUGAGCUGAGUAUGCCAGCGUAUGCCUUGCUGGGCAACAUCACUGCGACCCAAGUCUUCAUUAAUGACGUAGAAGAUGAGCCCACCCUGCAAUUUGACAAGAAAGUCUACCACACCAGUGAGAGUGCCAGUAUCCUCUCUGUCCCCAUUGAAAGGAAAGGGGAUUCUAGCAGCCUCAUCUCAGCCAUAUGCUACACCAUCUCUCAAAGUGCCCAAGGCAGCAGCAUGUAUGCCCUGGAAUCCGGCUCAGACUUUAAAUCCCGGGCAAUGUCCAACGAGAAUCGGGUCGUCUUGGGGCCUGGCAUCACAACGGCAACUUGUGAUGUGAAGCUAAUUGACGACAGCGAGUAUGAAGAGGAAGAAGAAUUUGAAAUUGCUCUGACCGAUCCAUCCGAGAACGCUCGCCUCGGGAGCAUCACUUCCGCUAAAGUUACGAUCGGUGGUCCCAACGAUGCUUCGACUGUAUCCCUCGGAAGUGCGGCGUUUAGCGUUAGUGAGGAAGCAGGGAUUAUCGAAAUCCCAAUUAUCAGGCAUGGGCCUGAUCUCUCCAUUCCAACCUCGGUCUGGUGUGCCACUCGGACAUCAGAGCCGCCAUCUGCUACUCCGGGAUUUGAUUAUAUUCCCAGCUCCAAGAAGGUUGAAUUUCAUCCAGGCAGAACCGAGGAGUACUGCACCUUGACUAUUCUGGACGACGCCCAAUCCCCCGUGAUUGAGGGAGUGGAGACCUUUGUGGUCUACCUGAGUUCCCCUCAAGGAGCAGAGCUGGCCAAACCUUUCCAAGCAGUGGUGGCCAUUAAUGACACCUUCCAGGAUGUACCAAACAUGAAGUUCAGUAAAGAUGUCUACUCUGUGAAAGAGAAGGACCACGCCCUCCAUGUUCCUGUUAUCCGUACUGGAGACUUAAGCUACGAAUCUUCAGUCAGGUGCCAUACACAGAGUCAGACCGCAAGAGUCAUGGAGGAUUUCGAGGAAAGGAGAAACGCUGAAGAAUCGCGCAUCACAUUUUUGAAAGGGGAGAAGGUAAAGAACUGCACUAUUAUUAUAAACGAUGACUCUGCUUUUGAACCAGAAGAGAGAUUCCGGGUAUAUCUGAGUGAACCCCAAGGCAACCACUGGAGUGGAGCUACCGUUGGGAAAAGCAAUAUGGCUACUGUAGUCAUUUCCAACGACGAAGAUGCUCCCACCAUCGAGUUUGAAGAAGCCGGUUACCAGGUCCGUGAACCCGCCGGGCCAGAAGGCGUUGGCUUCUUAAAUGUCAAAGUGAUCCGGACAGGAGAUCAAAACAGGACCUCGAAAGUUCGCUGCAGCACCCGGGAUGGCUCGGCUCAGUCUGGAAUUGAUUAUUACCCAAAGAGCCGAGUUCUCAAGUUUAGCCCUGGUAUGGACCAUGUUUUCUUUAAGGUGGAGAUCAUGUCCAAUGAAGACCGGGAGUGGCACGAAUCCUUUUCUCUGGUCUUGGGUCCAGAUGAUCCCAUUGAAGCUGUUUUGGGGGAUCUCACUACCACAAUUGUGACCAUCUUGGACCAAGAGGCAGCCGGAAGCCUCAUUUUACCAGCUCCUCCUAUAGUGGUUACGCUGUCGGAGUACGACCAGGUUGAAGAGGAAACCACAACAGGAGCUAAGAAGUCGCCGUCCCCCGGCUACCCCCUGGUCUGUGUUACCCCUUGCGAUUCUCACUUCCCCAAGUACUCGGUGAUGAAGGAGCGAUGCAGUGAAGCUGGGAUCAACCAGUCCUCCAUCCAGUUCAGCUGGGAGGUGGCCACCCCCACGGAUGGAAAUGGAGCCAGGUCCCCUUUUGAAACCAUUACGGACAAUACCCCCUUCACCAGUGUCAAUCACAUGGUGCUGGACAGCAUUUACUUCAGCCGGAGAUUCCACGUACGCUGCGUGACAAAAGCCGUGGAUAAAGUCGGCCACGUGGGCACUCCCCUACGGAGUAACAUAGUCACCAUUGGGACCGACAGCGCCAUCUGCCAUACCCCUGUGGUGGCUGGCACAGCCCGGGGUUUCCAAGCUCAAUCUUUCAUUGCCACCUUGAAAUACUUGGAUGUAAAACAUAAGGAACAUCCUAACAGAAUCCACAUCUCGGUGCAAAUUCCACACCAGGACGGGAUGCUUCCCUUGAUUUCUACCAGACCUCUGCACAACUUGCAUUUCCUAUUGUCAGAAUCCAUUUAUAGGCACCAACAUGUCUGUUCCAAUAUCGUCAGCAUCCAAGAUCUUAAAGGCAUCUCAGAAGCUGGAUUUCUAGAUGAAGUGACCUAUAAUAAUAUCGUUCUGGGCCCCGGAUAUGACCGGCCGUACCAGUUUGACCCCAAUGUGAGAGAACCCAAGACUAUCCAGUUUUACAAACAUUUGAACCUGAAGAGCUGCAUUUGGACAUUUGACGCAUACUAUGACAUGACAGAGUUAAUUGAUGUCUGUGGAGGAUCCGUCACGGCAGACUUCCAGGUUCGGGAUUCAGCUCAGUCGUUCUUGACCGUCCAUGUCCCACUUUACGUCUCCUACGUUUAUGUAACUGCACCCAGAGGCUGGGCCUCUCUGGAGCAUCACACAGAGAUGGAGUUUUCCUUCUUCUACGACACCAUUCUCUGGAGAACAGGUAUACAGACGGACAGCGUCCUUUCAGCCAAGCUGCAAAUUAUCAGGAUCUACAUCCGAGAUGAUGGUCGGCUGGUCAUUGAGUUCAAAACUCAUGCUAAGUUCAGAGGGCAUUUUGUGAUGGAACACCACACUCUGCCAAACGCCAAGUCUUUUAUCAUGACCCCUGACCACCUGGGAGGGAUGGAAUUUGACCUACAGCUCUUGUGGAGUGGACAGACCUUUGACUCUCCUUAUCAACUCUGGAGAGCAACCAGCUCCUACAGCAGGAAAGAUUAUUCUGGAGAAUAUACCAUCUCCUUAAUACCCUGUACAGUUCAACCCAUACAAUCGUGGGUGGAUCCAGGAGAUAAGCCAUUACCUUGCACUGCUCAUGCUCCCGAAAAGUUUUUGAUCCCAAUUGCCUUUCAGCAGACUAACCGCCCGGUUCCUGUAGUGUAUUCCCUGAACACGGAGUUUCAGCUCUGCAAUAAUGAAAAGGUUUUUCUCAUGGACCCAACUAAAACGGAGAUGUCGAUGGCCGAGAUGGACUACAGAGGAGCUUUUUCCAAAGGUCAAAUCCUAUACGGCCGAGUGAUGUGGAACCCGGAGCAAAACCUCAAUUCCGCCUACAAACUGCAGCUGGAGAAAGUCUACCUCUGCACAGGGAAGGAUGGCUACGUCCCGUUCUUUGACCCAACAGGCACAAUAUAUAACGAAGGACCCCAGUACGGCUGCAUCCAGCCCAGCAAGCACCUGAAGCACAGAUUUCUGCUGCUGGACCGGAGUCAACCAGAAGUGACCGACAAAUAUUUUCACGACGUCCCUUUCGAUGCCUCUUUUGCAUCCGAGUUGCCCGAUUUCCACCAGGUCAGCAGCAUGCCCGGUGUGGAUGGUUUCGUCAUGAAAGUGGACGCCCUCUAUAAGGUGGAAGCCGGGCACCAGUGGUAUCUUCAAGUGAUCUACGUCAUCGGUCCCGAGAUGAUUGGGGGCUCCCGGAUGCCACGUUCCGUGGUCCAUCCCCUGAAGCGCGGCCGCCGAGACCUUGUGGACCACAAGGGCCUCCCCGUUCUGGAUGACUCCUUGAUCUACGACAACGAGGGAGAUCAAAUCAAGAACGGCACCAACAUGAAGUCUCUCAGCCUGGAGCAGCAGGACGCCGUCAGUGUGGCCUCUCUCUCUCAGACGGGAGCUUCCAUCGGCAGCGGCUUUGCGGCCGUCCUGCUCUUCGUCCUCGUCCUCUUGUCCGUCUGCUUUGUCACCAGGAAGUGUCGGAAGCAUCGGAAGAAGAAGAAGAAGAAGAAAGCGACCAAAGAGAUUGCAGAGCAGUACCCGCUCAACACUCAAGUUGAGGCAGCCAAGCGGUACGCCGAGACCCUGGAGAAGAACGUCAGUGGACAUUACUGCACGGUGAAGAACCUCAAUCUCCUGUGUGAAAACGAAGGCGCCUACAAGGUCAGGGGGGCGAAGGUCAAACAGAUGAACUUGGAAGUGAAAGUUCAUAACAAUUUACACGAUGGGACCGAAGUUUAA